GGCCCAUUUAGGUGGUCUUCUUGACCUAGACACGAAGGCGAGAAGGAAAACGAUCCCGCCACCAUCUCGCCGGCAUUUCCUCCCACUUGCGGCUGCAGCGGCGGCGGCGGCCACCGCGCCCACCGGUUGUGGAGACGAGAUGUCGUACAUGCGAGGCGACCUGCUGACGAAGACGCGGAAACUGGUGAAGGGGCUGGCCAAGCCCGCCCCUGCCUGGCUCAAGGCCAUGGAGCAGGCACCUCCAGUCACAUUCCCUAGAACUGAUGGUAAAAUCGAGAAGAUAGAACUGCCAGAGGAUGUCUAUGUCAAGAGGUUCUUCAGAAGGCAUCCUGAUUCACUCUACCAUGAUGCAAUAAAGAUAAGCGGGUUUGAUCCACCGCCAGCAAGAGUUUUUGCUUGGCGUGUCUUAGAGUUGAAAGAACAGGGAGUCAAUGAAGAUGAUGCAAUGGCUGUAGCAGAUAUGGAGUAUGGAGCAGAGAAAAAAGCAAAGAAGCUAGCAUACAAGGAACUGAAACAAAUUGCACGCAGAGAAGGAAAGCCACCACCUCCAAAUCCAUAUCCAAGCGCUAUCAAAGAAAUACAGGCAGAGGAAAAGAAGUAUGUUAGGGACCGUUUCCAUAACCCAAAGGUACUCGAGAUCGUGAAUAAGAUGAAAGAGGACAGACAGAUGUUUCUUCAAGAUAGAGCGGCAGCAUCAGGUGCAUCAGGUGAAGGACAGUAACUGGUUUUGUGGACUGGCCAACUAGUUGCUGUUGCUUAUGACAUCAACCAACUGAUAUUUAAACUCGACGUUUAGUUUUUCUAUAAAAAUAAAGUUGUGUGCACAUUCAGAAGUUAGUUAAAGAACUAGCUGUAAGGGUUCGAAACAUGUUUGGUGAGAUAGAGCAUUGUUUCUUUCUCAUAUAUUUUUUACUAUUUUCUUCAAACUUA